AUGGCGCAUGCUAUACGCUUCCAUCGCAAGUCUCGGACUGGCUGCGCUGGAUGUAAGCUACGACGGGUCAAGUGUGAUGAGGCCAAGCCUCAAUGUACCGGCUGCGCCCGGCGAGGAGAGGAGUGCUUAUAUGUCUCUUCGAGCCGCCCAGCGACGGCCCAGAGGCGAGGUAGUCCUGCUUCGGAUGCUGCCACCGCCGUUUCGGAAACACAAGGCGCCGCCGAGCCAUUGUUAGCCACACCGUCUGCCGAUGAGACGGCCGCAGGGUCUAACUAUGGCGCAAAGCAUCUUCUCGAUCUCCGCAUGAUGCACCAUUAUUGCGUCUCCACAGCCGAGAGCUUUGCCGCCGAAUUCUCACGGGAUGUCGCCUCAAUAUUGAAGGUCGAGCUUCCACGCCUUGCCUACCAGCAUGAGUUUCUCAUGGACGCCAUCCUCCUCGUGGCCAUGGUCCAUCUCGGUUGCACGGAACCAGAGCUACUUCAGACCCUUCCCAUCUACCUUUACCGAGACCAAGCAUUACGCACACUGCGUCAAGCCAUUGGCAGCAUGACCGACUCAAGCAUCGCGGCGGUGAGAGGCGCGUCAGUCUUGCUUGCGACCGUAUCUUUCGCCACGGACCGAGUAUCUCAGCAAUCCGGUCUAUGGCUAACUAAUUGGUUAACGCUUGCCCACGGGCGACGGAAUAUCCAACUACAGCCAACUGUCACAGAGGGCCAGGCGAGGAAGCUGCCUGGUGCCAGCUUAUACGGAUCUUUCACUGAUGUACCAGAAUCAGACCGCAUUGCCAGCGGAAUUUUACGCUCGAUCCAGAGGGAUCGAAGCAUCCAUGGCGACGAGAUGUGCCUUGACACUCUCCACAGAGCCGCGACAGAGGUGAGCCGGCUCAUCGCAGCAUUGGAGUCUCCCCGCGAUCAGCUAUGGCUUGCAAAGCAGCUCAAAGCAUGGGCCUUCGAUGUGGUAGAGUCCAGGUUUUUGGAAUUGGUCCGGCAAGAGAGACCGUGUGCGUUGGUAAUCCUCUCGCACUACUUAGCCGAGUUCAGCCUGCUGCCUCGUACAUGGGUGUAUGAUGGACUUGUCAGCCACGACAUGGAGAUUAUAGCCGACAAGCUGGGCCCGGAGUGGGAAGAUUGCAUAGUAUUGCCAAAGAUGGUUUUACAUGCUGAAGGUCGUGAGGCGUUGACCGAGCUGUUGCUGAGCUGUCUAUAA